AUGCUGUGCCAUCAUCGGAAUAGUCGGAUUCUCCUAUCUCUACAGCUUCUUUUCUUAAAAGGAAGAGUUGUUUUCAAGACUAAGAAAUGGGACACAUUUCCCUGGAUCACGAUAGAACAAAGCCAGCUUCGAUCAGGAAAGCUCCCAGGACGUCCACAGCACAACGAACGCACUGUGACAAUGGACGACCCCAAUACCAGAUACAGUAAACGCCUGCGUACAGGUACGCGGCGGCGGUACCAGGAUGAUGGAAUAUCUGAUGAUGAAAUUGAAGGAAAGCGAACAUUUAUCCUGGAUGACAAAUUAAUGAGUGACCGCUUCACCUCAGAUUUGAUCAAAUAUAUGGAUGGAAAAGAUUUUACAUUUGAAUAUAUCCAGAGGGAGGGCCUCAAGGAUCCAAUCGUCUUCAAGAAGUCAGAUGGCCUUGGCAUACAGAUGCCCGAUUCAGAUUUUAGUGUGAGUGAUGUAAAGGUGUUUGUUGGUAGCAGGCGUAUUGUUGAUGUAAUGGAUGUAAACACACAAAAAGGAAUUGAAAUGUCAAUGGCACAAUGGGGCCGUUACUAUGAGACCCCACCAUCCGAAAGGGAGAAACUCUACAACGUCAUCAGCCUGGAGUUCAGCCACACAAAGUUGGAGAAUCUGGUCAAGCGCCCCGCUUCGGUGGAUCUUAUUGACUGGGUAGACAACAUGUGGCCACGACAUCUCAAAGAAAGACAGACAGACUCCACUAAUGCAAUCAUUGACAUGCAUUAUCCUAAAGUACAGAAAUAUUGCCUCAUGAGUGUGCAGGGCUGCUUUACAGAUUUUCACAUCGACUUUGGUGGCACUUCAGUGUGGUACCAUAUUCUACGAGGAAGAAAGGUCUUUUGGCUUAUUCCCCCAUCUCCUCAGAACCUGGACAUGUAUGAAAAUUGGGUUUUAUCUGGGAAACAAGGAGAUAUUUUUCUAGGGGACAAGUGUCAUGACUGUCAACGAAUAGAGCUGCAGCAAGGUUAUACAUUCAUGAUUCCAUCAGGGUGGAUCCAUGCUGUGUACACUCCAGAAGAUACUUUGGUAUUUGGAGGCAAUUUCCUUCAUAGCUUUAACAUCCCCAUGCAACUCAACAUCUACAGUAUUGAGGACCGUACAAGGGUACCAGCAAAGUUUCGUUAUCCUUUCUACUAUGAAAUGUGCUGGUAUGCCUUGGAGAGGUAUCUCUAUUGCCUGACAAACACCUCACAUCUCACUCCUGAAUUCCAAAAAUAUUCUCUUGGAAUCGGUCUUUCUCGUAAUGAUGUCAAUGGAAAUGAUGCCGCAGAGGAAGCCCUAAAUGAUGACGAAAAUCUAGCUAUCAAAACAAAAGAAAUUGACCCUGUGAAAGAGGAAAUGGAUGAAAUUGACCUGGCAGUCCCAGAGAAAAGGUCCAAAUAUGUGCUGACACCCCUGGAGUUGGAGGGACUUUGGAACCUGUUGGGGAAGCUUGAGGAGCUGCCAGACCAUAAAAAGUGUGUCCCUUCAGGCAUUCAGAAUGCUGCAGCUUUGCUUGAAGAUAUGAGGGAGGUUUUACUGCAGCAUUCAGAUGAUGAGCCUAACCUGUCUUACACCGGAGAACCCAUUGUCAAGUGGCCAAAAAGGCCUUCAUGGUAUGAGCCCCUCCCUCCUCCUCCUCCACCUGUGUUAUCCCGUCCUCGAUCGGGUCCCACUGAGCACAAAACUAGGCGGUCUACUAAGCGAUCAAUCUCUGCCCUGCGGCGGAGACGGGUGAGGUGUAAGCGAUGUGCCGGAUGUCGCAGGACAGAGUGUGGCUCAUGCCAGUUUUGUCAUGACAUGAGAAAAUUUGGUGGACCUGGGCGCAUGAAGAAGGGUUGUUUAAUGAGACAAUGCUUGACUCCCGCUUUGCCCAACACGGCACGGUGCGCCAUAUGUGGAGAAGGUGAACCAGAGGACUCUAAUCCAAGCACUCACACACUCAUGGAGUGCUCUGUUUGCAAUGGCAUUGUUCAUCCACGGUGCAUUAAGGAACCAGGGGAAGGAAAAAUUAGAAAAGACUUGCCAAGUUGUUGGGAGUGUCCCAAGUGUUACCAGAGCAAAGGCUCUGAAUCAGAGUCAUCCAGUGAUGAGGAAAGUGCAGAGUCGGAUUGUUUCAACCCCGAUGACUGUAUUCGUGGAGGCGAACCUCGCAAAAAGACAAAGAGUGUCAAACCUACAUCCCGUCCGACGGCACCACCUCCCUCUCAGAGGCUUCUUCUCCAGCAACAACAAAGUCGAAAGAGAGCAAGUGCACUGGAGAUUCAACUUAGAAAGAGGAUAAAGUUGGAACGAAGCAAAAUAAUGGCACAAAAACGAGUAGCCCUUGAACGCUCGGGCAAUCGAUUGCUGUCCAGACUGCGAUCUCCAAACAGCAGACUGGCCAUGGGCAGGGGUCAGGGAGUGACCAGGGCGAGUGCCUCCUUGUUCCCCACCAGAGCAGCAGUUACUGGGACACCAGAGAAGCCUCCUUCUGCGAGUGUGAGUUCCAAAGGCAGAGGCCGCGGAGUGAGAUUGAGAGGUGGAGCAGCAGGCAGAGGGUUUCACUCCAGAGACCAUAGAGCUGUCAUUGACAGUGAAGAUGAUAGCAGCAGCAGCAGCAGCAGCAGUAGCAGCAGCAGCAGUGGUUCCAACAGCAGCACAGAGGAAGAGGAAGAGCAUGGAGUACAAAAUGGCUCUCCAGGAGGGGACAAAGAGAACCAGCCCCAAACGAUGAAAGAUCUGGAAGAUGAAAAAGACCAAAUUUGCACUCACAACUAUGAGGAGCAGAUGGAGAAAGAUGCCCAAACUGAAAAUAAAGAAGGCUUUAACAAAGUAACCCUCCAAGUACCAAGCAAGGCUAAGCAAGACUCUGCUGCUAUUGUUCCUAAACUGGAAGCUAUUGCUUCAACUACUACUGCAUUAAUACGCAACCAGUAUAAAGCCCUUCCUCGACCACCAAUCAGACGACCUGACAUCCAGACAAACAAGUACACUCCACCGCUCACACGCAGCGGUCAUCAAAGUACUCGCAAAAAACGCCAAGAAAAACUGGAGACAUCUACAGCAAUAAAAGACUGUAAACUUGUUAAACUUGGCCACGGUGUUGUAGCUUCAUCAUCCUCUGAUCAUCCUCGCAUCCCUCUGUCAGCGCUCCAGGAAGGCGGCAGUGAGGCAGACAGAGAGAGCAAUGGCACAGGGACAAUCUGUGAAAGGGAGGUUUGGGUUUCAGUCUUCCGCUACUUAAGCCGAGCAGAUCUCUGUAUCUGCAUGGCAGUCUGCAAAAACUGGUACAAAUGGUGCCUGGACAAAAGGCUUUGGCCAAAGAUUGACCUCAGCAUAAAGUCUGGUGUCACUCCUCAGGCUCUUGUUGGUAUCAUAAAAAGGCAGCCCGUAUCGCUGGAUCUGUCUUGGACCAACAUUUCCAAAAAGCAGCUUAACUGGCUCAUUGGACGCUUACCUGGUCUAAAGGAUCUGAUGUUAGCCGGCUGUUCUUGGGGAUCCAUUUCUGCUCUCUGUUCAUCUAGUUGCCCUCUCCUUCGUUCUCUAGACCUGCAUUAUGCGGAUGGAGUCAAAGAUGCACAAGUCCGGGAGUUGAUCAGCCCGCCAGGUUGUGAUAACCGCAGUCAACUUCGCACCAUUCAGAGUUUGAGAUUCUCGGGUCUAGACAUCACUGACUCAACUGUUAGGCUUGUAAUCCGCCACAUGCCACACUUAACAAAACUCGAUCUUUCGCACUGCAACAGUCUCUCGGACCACUCCAUCAAUCUGCUUACUGCUGUAGGCUCCUCCACACGAAACACCCUCACAGAGCUCACCUUGGCAGGCUGCAGUAAAUUGUCCAAUACAUGCCUAAGGUAUCUCCGCCGUCUUGCCUGCAUCAGUCUACUUGACUUGCGGGGCUGUAACGGUGUCUCCCGCAAAGCUUGUGAAGCUUUCAUCUCUGAGCUCUCUGUCAACACACUCUACUGUCUGUCAGAUGACAAACUGAUCGAGCGGAUAUCUUAA